AUGUACAACUUUGCUCGUGAAUUUAUCGAGUCAACACCGCACUGGCGCGCAGUUUUAGAGAAUGAGUUAGCUCUGACUGCGCUGCACCAGCUGGAUCAUAUGGAUCGGGGAGUAUCUCGUGCCGCUGCUCGUUUUGUGCUUCACGCAGUCAAGUCGAAGAAACUGUUUGAUGUGUUUGAUGCUGAAGAAGUUGUGAUACCACGAGUGCACUCUUUAAUAGUGCGCAAGGAACGUCACUGGAUUCAUAUUUCGGCGUCUUUCGUGCCUCUAAUAGAGUGUUUUUUGGCCGACAAAACUCCGACGGACGGCAGAAAAAUGCUGGUUUCUUUUUCGGAUGCGUUCGUAGAUGGAUGCCAGCAUAUACAACUGCAAUUUCAUAUUUUUGCAGACGGCAUUAUGCAGAAAAAGCAACUACUGAAGCUCGGCUCGACCCCACCGUAUGCGCACGUCUUCGAAAUACCAUGUGACGUUCUGCUCUCAGAGGUCUGGGUGAAUUCGUUUGAAGCCUUCAUUGAGCUUGCUGCCGAAUGGACUGCAAAUAAAUGCACCGCUGAUGACUUUACUGCGUUGACUGAUGCUUUGCUCACAAAGGUUUUGAUUGGAGUGAGAUACUCGUUGGAUUGGGAUGAUAUUCCAUUAACGCGAAAACUGGCAGAGCUCCCGAGACGUAUUUUCGAUCUAUGGUCGAAAAGUCCGGAAACUGUUUCUGAAUUACGUGUAAAAAUCGAGAGAUAUUUAACAAGCGAGCUGUCACGCAUGGAACCGGUGAUCGAAGCGAUGUUUCGCGACGAGGUGGAGCCGGUAUGGUCCAGUUUCGUAGAGCGAGUCCUGGAAAGCGCAGUGGUCAGCCUGGAUGUUAAAAUUCAUUUGCUGGAGAGGUGUUCUGAGCACGUUUUAAAGGACAUCAACGAUCGACUUCCUUUGUGUCAGUUCAUAUCCGAAAAAAUCGAUUGGAGUGAAAAUGAAGACAUCGCACGACGUCUGUUAAAACUAUUGUUCAGACUUUCCGCUGUGUUCGAUCGACGAGUUGCCGAAUUUUAUAAGUUCGACGUAGAAUCAGCUUUCCUUCGAUUAUUGGAUACGUUUGAAUGGCUGGAUGUGAAUGAAAGAAGUGGUGCAGCGCAGUAUAUUGGAAAUGAUGAAAUUCUGGAUAGAGCAGUGGAUUAUUGUAUGGAACAGACGGAUAGAAAACGCUGGGAUGUCCUGUUAGAUAUCAUUUCUUCGCUACCGUAUUUAAAAACCGCCUUGCAGCGCAUCUUAGAAAGGAACCGUUAUAAUCGCAUCGACCAAGAAUUGCUGUUGUCGUUGUUAAACAAACUCGGCCUGCAGCUCGAAGAACAGGUGCGAGCGGAAUUCGCGGAGUCAGUUCUGAAUUAUUAUAUCGGAUUGAAAUCAAUAUCCCCAGAAUUAAUUCGCAAAGUGGUGCUGGUGAUGAUGUCGUCUGGAGUGAAUGUGGACUUUGUGGCACAGUUCAUUGCGAGCAAACUUCUAGCUGCAGAUUUUCCAAGCCACGGAGUUCAGGUGGCGAUAGGCAUUACGGAUUCUUUGCCACAUGCGUUCGCGCCUUUUUUUCUAAUGAACAUCGAUGAUAUGGCUGAAAAGUUUGAUAUUCUUGACAAAAAGGUGCUUCUUCCUGAAUUCAUUCUGACGCAGGCUAUUUUGCAAAAAUUGUUGAUUUUUUUUUCAGUACAAUAA